AUGGCCCUCGUCAUUGUCUGCGGUCUGCCUUGCUCCGGCCGAACCACUCGAAGCGAGCAAUUAAAGUCUUACUUCGAAGCGAGGAUAAGCGGCCAAGUCAGCUCGCAUGGUAAAACCAAGGCUGUCAGCGAUGUCGAAUGGAGCACUUUUUCUGCUUCACAUGGCAUCAAGCGCACCGCAAUACUUUCCGACGCAACGCUAUGCACCGAGCAGAAGUGUCGAUCAGUCUAUACGCUCCAAGCGACGGAGAAACCAGCUCGUGCCGCAUACCUCUCACUGGUAGUGAGACAUUUGACACGAGAUACAAUCGUCAUUGCGGAUGGAGGAGCUGGCACGAAUAUCAAGGGCUUCAGGUACCAGCUUUGGUGCGCUGCCAGAGAAGCUGGUGUGAGGUUCGCUUGCGUAUUCGUCAGCGCCAAGAGGGAUGAGUGCGAGGAGAGGAAUCUGCAGCGAAGUGUAGGGAAGGAGCAGCAGGGUGCAGUUGGCGUUGCGUGUGCAGCUUGGCAUACCGAAACGUGCGUUCAAAGUGGCUUUCUGCUUUUCGUCUCGGCCUAGCAUGGCUGGCUGGCUGACAUGGAAGCCUCACCCUUUCCGACGGAACUCUCAGCCUCAAAGAGCUGUGUAGUCGGUUUGAAGAACCGACGAGCAUGUCUCGGUGGGACUCUCCACUCUUCGUGGUGCCUUCUUACGGCCUCCUCAACCAUCGAAGGAGCAAUGCGAGCCCCGCAGACCAGCAGCUAUCCUCCAUUUCGCUUGGCUGGGAAGAGCCGCCGUGCGCGGAUAUCUGGUCAGCUUGCGUCGAGGGAAAACAAGUCAAAGCUCCGAACGUCGUUGCGCCCGUGAGUGGGGUCCACGUUGCUCUAAAAGGCAUCCGCUGAUGAUUCCACGCGUGUACCUUGACCCCUUUCGGCUACGCAGGUCAGAGCUACUACAAACUCCUACCUCUCCUUACUCGAAUCCUCUACGCAGAAAAUUCUAGCUGCGUAUGCAGUGCAGCUCUCGAGCAAUCUGGUACCACUGCACGGUGGCGACCUUCUCCUGCGUCUUUCUCCGAAUUCCUCCGCAACUCAAGUCGAGACCACCUUCACUCUCUCCUUGCCAGCAGGCAGAAGACCGCCGACGUUGCCAGCUUUGCAGAGGCUGAGGAGGACCUUUGUGAGGCUGCACGCGAGCGGAAGUAGUGCUAACACGGUGCUCGGCAAAGCUGUGCAGAGCGAAGGGACUACGAGAAAACUUGAGACAGCCCACACCCGCAACGAGGGUCCUUCGGCUUUGCCCAGAAGACGAAUCAUAGGCAAAGCCAAGCUAGAGCCAGAGGCGGAGGAAAAGGAUUGCGAGAGCGACCUUAUUAGCGAUACAACAGUAGCGGCAGCGCAAGCGAUGAAAGAAGUUGCGCAGCUUCCUCUCGAGCGAUUGAGCUUGGACGAUGCGGCCUCGCCUGCACAAACGGAUCCUCGAUCAUCACGCCCCGCUUCCGGUCAAACACCUUCCACGAGGACGGAAGAGCAAAUCAUCAAGCGCUUUGUUGCCUGGUUGCAAGAGGCCUUGUGCAGCGAUUCUGCAGCUGGAUGA